AUGGGGGCCAAGAACAAGAAACGUUUGUCAAAGCAGGAAGUGCCAGCUCAGCUGCUGAAUCAAGACGGCAGUGCUGAGCCAGACGUGGAGCUGCGGUUGAAUCCGCCGUUGGUAGAGUGGCUUCGCCCUCUUGGCCUCGACAGGCCGCGUCUCUUGAGCCGUGUGGUCGAGGAGCUGGGCCUCCUCUCAUUGCUGCCUUCGCUGGCCAAGGAGAAAUGCUCCAAGCUGAGCGAUGACAAGGAGAAAGGCUCGAAGCAGAGCGACGACAAGGAGGAUCAGAUCGGAGAGCCCGUGGUGUUCAAGUUCAAAGGCCUUCCAAGUUUCAAGGUGCACGUGGAGCUGACUGGUGACGCUCGGUGGCCCUGUGUGCGGUCAGUGGACUUGCAUUGUGGCAGCGACAUCCGUGACCACUGCAAGCCGGAUUUUCACCUCCCCUCCUCAGAGAUGGCUUUGGGCGAAGCGAAGCAGUACUGGAGAGAGCGUUUUAUACGGUGCUUCAUGGAGGCACGACAGAAAGCCGGAGACAGCUUCAAUCAUCCCGCGACAGGCUCCUUGUGGGCAAAGCAUGGAGCAGAUGCGAUGGUGGAGUUUCUGACAGAGCUGGUUAUCGACGCAGUUUUGGCCCUUGUCAGGGACGGUAGCCCAGAGAGGCUGCGAGACCUGGAGCUUUCACACCUUUUUUCCCCGGAAGCCCCCAUGGCGGGAUUUCCGAAGCUCAAUGGUGAAGAUGGAUACCUGUCGGUUGAGCAGCAAGCAAGCCCACCGCUGCUCCUUGGCCUUGCAGCAGGGGUCUGGAAGGCAGCGAAGAGAAGGGACAAAGGACUGCAACAGACUUUGGACAAGGUGAGGCAUGCGGUGGGCAGCGAGCUGCUGAAAGCAUCACUGAAUGCUCCGGUGGCUUACAGGUCUGCGAAGAAGAACAAGCUUCUGUGCGGUCCCGUCCUCAUGUUCCUUCUAGAGCAAAGUGAACAGGACGAGUUCGACCAGCUGGUCGCCAAGGACCACCGCAGCCGUAUCCAAGCGCUGCUGCAUUGCGGGGCCCAGGCUAAUGCCCGGUACGCGAUGUUUCCCAUUGGUGCCCACUGUGGACUGGGCCAGUUUCCCAUCCUCUGCUUGGCAGGCCACAGCAAGGAGACGGUUUCGUUCCUUUUGGAGUGUCAGGCAGACGUCACCCGACCGAGUGUCCAAAAUUUUUUCCCUUCCGGAAAUCCGCUUUGGAUUGCUGUUUGGCGGGGCCAAGAGAAAAUGAUAGAGGAGCUGCUGAAGGGGAGGGAGGCGAAAGACGGCAUGGAACCGGAGUUGGCCCUGGAUGUCGACAGUUUCGGAUGGUAUCCAGAUUCCUCCCCGUUGACUGUGAACCAAGAGGCUGCAGGCUGCAACGUACUGGCUCUGGCAGCUACGACCUUGGGAAACCGACUUGUGAGCAAACUGAUCUCUCUGGGAGCCCAGUUGGGCGACUGUCCGAACGAGUUGGCCUCCUUUCUGGUGGAGAAUGCCCGACCGCUCGCCCGCCACGUCGCGGACAAACAGCCUCAGAACAUGGCAAAUGGCAGUGUGCUUCAGCAAACAAGCGGCAUGAGGAUCGAGAUUCUGGUGCAGGAAAUCCUAAGAGACGAUGAAUCAAGGAGAAAAUUUUUGGAUGCCAUCGACCGGGCAUGCCACAGUCCUGGUUCUAAAGAUUACUGCGACUUCAUGCAAAUGCUUUCUGAUUUGAUUGGAAGGGCCCCGGCAGCAGCUGCGAAGCUGUGCGACGAGAGCCUCGCACAGCCCAAGGUGAGUGAUCAUCGCCGUUACCCGCUCAGAGCCUCGUGCCUUUUCCAGAAGCAUGAACAGCACUACAAUGCUUAUGUGGACACCAUGGUCUGGAACUGUGCCACUUCGUUUGCUGACGAGCUUGCGCCACCACCAACCAAUCAGAAGAAUCUGCGUGAUGUGUUGAUGGUGAAGGAAAGCAUGCACAUUUGUGGCUUUUUCCGCACAUUCUGGGAAGUUGCGAAAAGCAUUGUGCUGCCGGAUCAGCGCCAAGCCUUGUUUUGCAAUAUCUCGGUGCUGCGGACGCCGAACAUCAUCAACAUCAGCAUCCUGCAAGCCAUGAACGCGCUUCCUCAGGACCAGCUCGUCUCGGUGUUCAAGGACAGUGCUGUGUUCAGAGCCGUUGCGCUGUACGUAUGGACCGUCUUGGAGCCAGCGUACUUCAUUGAUGUCUGGAGCACUUUCGCCCAGUUGGUGUCCCUCCUCGUGUGGUGGCAGAACUCUGGCGAUAGCACCUGGGCGGCAGCUCUUUGGAUUGGGUUUACCGCAGUGGUUUUCCUCGACACCUCCAACUUGCUGCAGAACUUCGCUCAGCUGCAGCUCCCAUCCCGGAAGCUUAUCAUACAGGUGACCAUCGGCUUUUGGAUGUCGUCCUUGACCUGGGGAGGCCGAGCUGGCGACAGCCGCUCUGCCAUGGCCUCAAGUCUCGCGCUCUGCUUGAUGGGGAUCAUCUAUGAGCUUCGGCUCUACCAUCCUCUGGGUCUGCCACUGGGUCGCAACCUGCUCCCCAUCCUAAAGGCAGCCCAGACCAAGGAGUUCGUGGCCAUGCUUAUCCUCAUCAUGUCUAUCCUUCUGGCCACCUUCUUGGCUGCCUGUGUGGAAUUCCAGGAGUUUGACGGGCAGCUCUUGUCGGUAGCUGUGCGAACAUGGCAGACUCUGAUUGUGGGAGAGUCCUCGCUUUUCGAUGUCGACAACUACGAGCAUGCGGCCUUGCGUUACUUCGUGGUGUCCUUCCUCUUCUUCGUGUGCAACAUCGUGCUCAUGAACAUUUUUAUUAGUGUCACAGGCGCCGGCUACGAGGAGGAACGUGCCAACAUCGUCGGCACCUUCAGCGCAGAACGCUUUCGGGUAUGCAUGGAAAGUGUGGAGGUCACGGGCUGGUCCAGGUUUUUUGUCCUGGUGGCCAUGGUUUGCGGGCUUUGUGUACGGAUGAUGGUUAGCCUGGCACUCGGAGAAGUCUGGACCUUCGUCGCGGAACUGUUGGCCCUCCUCAUCUGGCUCGUGCUCUACUUGUUGCAGUGGCACUUCUGCCAAGAGGUUGCGAAGCUUCGAGUGAAACCCGAGGACUUCGACCCUGAAGCGAGGAAGUACCUCUGGAUCUGCGUGCCAUCACAGAGGUUAGAGGUGGACGAGGAUGCAACGGAUGUGAGCCUCAAUGAGAUUGUCACAAACUUAAACGAGCUUCGCGAUUUGUUGCAGCGGAGGCCUGCUCCCGGCCGCGUUCGCCGCAUGCGGCGGGUGCAGGUGAACACGCACAGGAAAUGGCUCCAGGACUUCCUGGCAGAGGCCGAGCUGGACCCGGAAAAGUACCUGGAGAGUGCGUUGCGAUGGGCCGAGACGAACGACAUCGUCCAAAGCGACUUGUUCGGAGGGCCGGGUGCAGGGGUAUCGCAGGAGGAGGCCAAAGCACAUCUGGACGAUUUGCUGGUGCACCAGGCUGCAGCAGCACUGGCGGCCUCGUGCGUAGUGCCGGCACGGCGAAGAGUCAAGUGCUUUUGCACGAGUCCCAUCGCACAGCAGAGAAAGAUGAGAGCGCUCUCAGCGUCGGAGCUUCCAUACACGGCUGCAUACGGUCUUGCCAUGCGUGCCGCCCUCGCCGAGCGCGCGCGCCGGGCCGCCUCGGGUGCUGCCUCGGCGCUGCGAGCCAAGGGGCAUCCCGCCUCGGAGUUGGAGAAAGUGCUGCGACGUGUGACGCACGCGGACUGCGCGGCCAUUCCAGCAGAGGACCUAGAGGCGGCCGUGCGAUGGGCGAAGAGGAGCGAGGAGGCCCUGGCGAAGUCCUUGAAGCACAUCCAGGAGAAUAUCGCCGCUGACCCCUCGGAUUGGAGGCGGAUCCAUGGAGCUCUGGCCUUGUUCGAGGCUUUGGCGGCCGAGGGCGGCGCUUUAGUGGGGAGGUCGUGGUUCGAGGUGAAGAUGCAAGGCCGUUUGAAGGACCUGCAGACCUUUCGCUACGAUGCAGACCCGCGUGUGGCAGGGCUGGUGCAGCGCGCAGCCGCUUCUGCCAACAGUGCAGCAGAGAAGCUGAACUGGGAGGAUGAUGGUGUCUUCGCAGAUGAGGCGCCCGAAACUUCUUCGGCCAAAGUGCCGGAGAUCCCACCGGAGUGGACAGGAGGUGCAGAGGAUGCGGUGCUGCCCGCUGUGAUCGGCCGCGCAGUCGUCAAGGCCGAGGCUCCGAAGCCAGCAAAAGCCGAAAAAGACGAGGACCCGAAGUCUUUCGCAGUCCAAUCGUGCUGCUGCUGUUGCCGACGUCGUCGUGCAGAGGUGCCUGCAAAGGCCAGCACCCUCACGCCUUCGAGCCAGGUGUCUGAACAGGAUCACCUGUUGCCUUGA